AUGUCUGUACACUACCUUAACAUACGGCUCUUCCUGACUAUCUCUGUCGCUUUGCUUGGGGCCAUCCUCCUCUUCUGGAGAUUCAGCCCAACCUCUCCGUCGCCCUUCCACCGAUCGGCAAUUGGUCCUUUCUCGUCUGGUGGGGAUUCACUUCAACAUGUAUUCAAUCAGACUCUUGGGUUUCAGAAGAUCUUCGUCAUCAAUCUUCCAUCUCGAACCGACCAUCGAGACUCGAUGUCGCUAGCCGCUGCCCUCACAGACUUGCGAAUCGACUAUGUAGAUGGCGUAACUGGGGUGGACAAGAUAUCUCUUCCGCCAGGUGGCAAAGAAGUGAAACUCGACUCAGGGGGUUUAGGCAAUUGGCGAGCUCAUAUGAACAUCGCUAGAAUGUUGAUCGAACAAAAUAUCACAUCUGCCCUCAUUCUAGAAGACGACGCCGAUUGGGACAUUCGUAUCAAUCAUCAAAUGAGAGACUUUGCAAAAGCUUCGAGACUACUGGUCCAGCCAUUGUCAGGCACAUCAGACCGGUUUCUAGACCCGACCCACCCUCAGCCCAAGGAAGACCAAAGGCCGCAGGACUUCGACAUCAGGAAAGAUUUCACCAGCGAACCUUCUCCAUACGGAGACAUUGACCGCUGGGGUCUUUUCUGGUUAGGCCACUGCGGCACCCGGUUUCCUCGCGCAAGUGACCGAAAUGUGCCGCUGGGGCGAGCUGUCAUCUAUGACGACGAAACGGUUCCAGAACCGCAGCAUGUCAUGAUGCAGUUUGGAGACUCCGAACUUAUUCAGACUUACCCUGCUCACACUCGCGUAGUCUCUAGAGCAUGGAUGAACACGUGCACUAUGGGUUACGGGAUUUCUCUGCCAGGUGCCCGGCGCUUACUGUAUGAGCUCAGCGUGAACAAAAUGACGGGACCGACUGACAUGAUGUUUCGAUCUGUGUGCCAUGGAUCGGAGGGAAGGCCAGUCCAAACAUGCUUGACCGUUCAACCGCAACUAUUCCAACAUCAUCGACCUGUCGGUUACAAGUCGAGCUUCAGCGACAUCUCCGAUCACGGAGCCGAUUAUAACGAACAAGCCUUCACAAGAAAUGUGAGGCGGAGUACACGAUUGAAUUUUCGGAAGCUCGUAGAUGGCUUAACGGAUUACAUCGACCUGUUCAAGGAUGGGGAGGGGGCAGACCCGAACCUUGGCUUCAAAUGA